CUGCACUACGGGAGCCUCCUGGCCAGCAGAGCUUGUGCCCAGAUGGCAGCAGCUGCCUGGGGCAGUGGCUUUCUCAAUGCUGUCCUGCACACGACCACUACAUUUUCCCUGCCCCUCUGCCAAGGCAAUGCUGUGGACCAGUUCUUCUGUGAAAUCCCCCACAUCCUCAAGCUCUCCUGCUCAGAUGCCUACCUCAGGGAAGUUGGAUUUAUUGCAUUUAGCUUUUGUUUAGUUGUUGGUUGCUUUGUUUUUAUUGUGGUGUCCUAUGUGCAGAUCUUCAGGGCAGUGCUGAGGAUGCCCUCUGAGCAGGGCCGGCACAAAGCCUUUUCCACGUGCCUCCCUCACCUGGCUGUGGUAUCCCUGUUUGUCAGCACUGCCAUGUUUGCCUACCUGAAGCCCCCCUCCAUCUCCUCCCCAUCCCUGGACCUUGCAGUAUCUUUUCUCUACUCCAUGUUACCUCCAACAGUGAGGGUGGUGUCACAGAAAACAGUGACACUCGUGAGGGCUAAAGAGCAGGUGGAUAAGACCUUGGGCCUGCCAACACAGGAUGCGCACACAUUAAAACUGUAUGAGAGGGAAGAGGAAGAUUGGAUCCAAAAUGUAGAUUAUGAAAAGAAAGACCAUGAGUAUUACCAUGGCACUGCAGGAGAGCUCCAGCAAUGGGGCAAAACCACAGAAGGUGUCUAUGACACUGGGGCCACAGAACUGUAG